AUGCCGGGCCUCAAGGAGUUGCCUCCACCAGGACGUCGUCAGCAAAAGAGAUGUGUGCAGCAAUCGAACCCCGAAAAGCAUCCAAGCAGACCCGUUGCAUUAAUAGAGCUGGGGCACACUCCUCCUAUGUUGGAUGUACAAUACAAGGUGCUAUACCUACCGGAGAGCAGACAUUUUCCGCUUGUGGACGCCUUUUUCUUCGUUGGUGCACCGCGGAGGACGAUGGUUGCGGUGCAGGUGACGACGAGGGCUGAGCAUGGCACCAAAGCCAGCACGGUGAGGCGGUUCAAUGAUCUUCUACGGAGUUAUUUUAAUGGCUGGGAAACUUUUGCGGAAGGCUUGUCGUGGGAGAUUAUUUACGUGCAACAUGAGGACAGUGCGGCAAUAAACGCGUGGCAGAAAUGUGUUCUCGUCGCGCACGCAAAUGUAACGGGCAGCAAUGAGCGUGAGGACCCUCGGGCCAUUGCGGCAUUUUGGAAUCAGCAGGUGCGUCAGUGCGAGGUAGCGGCCUCAGCUGAGAAUUUCAGAAGUGAACGACGAACCCAACGUGGGCGGCAACCAGAGGGAGAAGGAAAAGGAGGAGGGGAACAAGCAGCUUGA